AUGUACCCCAUUUUGAAGCAAACGCAAGCUCCUCACACUACUCUUUCUUAUUGCUCUCUUCUCCUAGAGCACUGUUUAUCCCAUAAAUCCCUUAACCUUGUCAAAACCGUGCAUGCCCACUUCCUCAAACUAGGUCUUAACACCUACACCUAUUUGGGUAAUCGCUGUCUUGAUCUCUACUCUGAGUUCGGUCACAUUAACGAUGCAUUGAAGGUGUUUGAUGAUAUUUCUCACAAGAACUCCACGUCCUGGAACAUUUGCAUGAAAGGGUUGCUCAAAAGUGGCCAGCUUGGCAGGGCCCGCCACGUGUUUGAUGCAAUGCCCGUUAGAGAUGCUGUUAGUUGGAACUCAUUGAUUUCAGGUUAUGCUUCUCAUGGGUUUGUUAGUCAUGCCUUGGAACUUUUUGUUGAAAUGCAAGGUAAUGGUGUGAGACCAAGUGGGUUCACUUUCUCCAUUUUGAUGUCACUUGUGUCUAGUCCCUGUCAUGCUAAGCAGAUUCAUUGUAGGAUGAUCAGAAGUGGGAUAGAUUUGUCUAAUGUAGUACUUGGGAAUUCGUUGAUAACUAUGUAUGGGAAGCUUGGUCUUGUUGAUUGUGCUUUUGGUGUGAUUUUGACUAUGAAGCAAUUUGAUGUCAUAUCUUGGAACUCUUUGAUCUGGGCCUUUCAUAGAGCUGGAUACCAUGAGCUGGCUUUAGAACAGUUCUAUAACAUGAGAGCUAUGGAGUUGUUACUUGACGAGUUUACGUGUUCAAUAUUGAUGAGUGUCUGUUCUAACUUGCGAGAUUUGGACAAGGGUAAGCAAGUUUUUGCCUUUUGUUUCAAGAUGGGAUUUGUUUAUAAUAGCAUUGUGUCAAGUGCUGCUAUUGACUUCUUUUCCAAAUGCAACAGAUUGGAGGAUUCUGUCAGGCUCUUUGAGGAACAAGGUCAAUGGGAUUCGGCUCUGUGCAAUUCCAUGAUUUCGUGCUAUGCUCGACAUGAUUUAGGGGAAGAUGCUUUACAACUUUUUGUGCUGACACUGAGGAAGAAUAUCAGGCCAACAGAAUACAUGGUUAGCUGUCUUCCGAGUUCUGUUUCAAUUUUCUUACCAGUAGAAAUGGGUAAUCAAAUCCAUUCUUUGGUUCCUAAAUUGGGUUUCGAGUUAGAUGCAGUUGUUGCCAAUUCACUUGUUGAUAUGUAUGCUAAAUUUGGAUUUAUUGAUGAUGCCUUGAAUAUCUUCAAUUCAAUGAAAGUAAAAGAUCUUGUAUCAUGGAACACUAUAAUGAUGGGACUGACUUACAAUGGCAAAGUGUCUGUGACCAUGGACCUCUUCAGGGAAUUGAUUAGAGAAGGCAUAGAACCAGAUAGAAUAACACUUACUGCAGUUCUACUAGCAUGCAGCUAUGGGAGUUUGGUUGAUGAAGGAAUUGAAAUAUUUUCCUCAAUGGAGAUGGAAUUUGGAGUAAAACCGGGGGAAGAACAUUAUGCUUGCAUCGUAGAGAUGUUGAGUAAAGCUGGUAAGCUCAAAGAAGCCAUUGACAUACUAGAAACAAUGCCAUAUAGAACAAACUCUGAUAUUUGGAGGUCAAUUCUUUCUGCAUGUGCAACUUAUGGAGAUCUGCUAGUUAUUGAAAGAGUUGCAAAGAAAAUAAUGGAUAGGGAACCGCAGACAUCCUUACCUUACUUGGUUUUGGCUGAGGCAUAUCAAAUAAGGGGUAGAUGGGAGAGCAUGGUUAGAAUGAGGAAGGCUGUGGAAAAUAGAGGUACUAAAGAGUUCAUCGGAUACAGUUGGGUUGGAAUAAAAAAUCAUGUAUACACUUUUUCUUCAAAUCAAUUACAACAUUAUGGUGGCAAGGAUCUUUAUCUGCUAUUGAAUUUACUGGUCUGGGAGAUGGAGACUGAAGGUAAUCUUUAAAACUUGUAUAGGCCUAGUUAAAAAAG